AAAAAAAAAAAAUUUUAAUAAUUAAAAAAAAUGUCUUUAUUAUAUAGAGAUAUUCUUUAUCCAAUAUUUGAAGAAUUACAAUAUGACAUAAAGUCUCUUGCCUCAUGUCUUAGAGUUAAUAAAACUUGGUGUGAAAUAGUCAUUCCAAUUUUGUGGAGAAAUCCUUGGGAGCAUUUAACUUUUAAGAAAAAGAAAUUACUAUUAAACAUAAUCAUUUCACAUUUAUCAGAUGAAGCAAGAACUAACUUAAAUCAACAUUUUAGUUUCAUUAGUUUUAUUACAAAACCACAUAAGAGGCCUUUGUUUAAUUAUAUUAGUUUUUGCAGACAUUUAAAUUUAGAAAUGAUCGAACAUAUAGUUAGUAUCCAUACUCAAUAUCGAUAUCGUAAAAAAAUUAGAAAUAAUAUACUCAAGCUUUUUAUUAAUAAAAAUGCAAAAUAUACACACCUUUAUAUGCCUAGUUACCAUGAUGACCAUCAUCUUAUUCCUGGAGCUGAACAGUGUCUUUCAGAAAUUAAAUUCCUUAGAUGUGAUGGUAGAGUGCAUGAUAAAAAUUUAACCAUGUUAACAAAAGUUUGUAAAUCAAUUAAAGAAUUGCACCUUUUCCUUUAUGAUUCUAAUAACAAUUAUGGAAUUUCUAAGUUAAUUGAAAACCAAAAAAGUCUAUUUGGAAUUAGUUUUCUAAAUACAUAUUCCUCUCAUUAUAAUAACUCAUUUUGUAAAGUUCUUGAAAAAUCGUUGGUCAAACAUGCAAAUACUAUACAAUAUUUUAGUACAUUUGUACAACCUCAAACACAAAUUCUUACAUCUUUUGUAAAUUUAAAAACAUUAAUAUUAAAUAAUUGUGAGUUUGAUCGCCGCAGAUGGUACUUUAUAGAAAAUGUAUCUUUACCUUCCCUACAAUUUUUAGAUGCUAAUACUAUUAAUACUGAGAGUUUGACAAGUUUAAUUAAAAAUUCCGGUGAGAAACUUACUGAAAUAAGAAUUUUUAAUUUGCUUGCUUUUUCCAAUGGGAAUUAUAAUAAAAAAAUUAUUCAGGCUAUUUGUCAAAGUUGUCUGAACCUUAUGCAUCUUGAAUUAUACUAUAUAGAUGCCAAUGUUUUAGAAUUAGAGAAAUUAUUGACUAGGUGUCAAUAUUUAAGUAAAUUAGUAUUUCAUUUUAGUUCGAAGUUUUGUUCUUCGAAUUUUUUUCAAGAUAAAUUUAUUAUAGACUGGGGUAAUUUAUUCAACAUUUUGGCUGCAUCAUCACCAUCUAGUUUAUUCAAAUUUACAUUUUAUUUUCCUGUUAAUAACCCUGAAUUAAAAUCCUUAAAAUUAUUUUUUGAUACUUGGGAAGGUAGACAUCCUAUGUCAUUAAUCAUUUUUACAGAAAGUAAUUUCACUAAUACUAAAAAUACUAAAAAGCAAUUAGAUGAUUUAAUAAAUAGUUAUAAAGCAAAAGGAGUAAUUAAAGAGUUUGUCUAUAAUUUUCAUGAUGAUGAAAGUAAGGCAACAAUAAAAGGGGCAGUUAAAGAUCUAGUAGCUGUAAUUUUUAAUGGAUUUAAAAAUGGAUUGAACUCUUAUAUUCUUUACUUGUUUUUUUUUCUUUUUUUUGUAUUUCAUUUAUGUAUCAAAAAAGUUUAUUAUUUUUUUUUCAUUAUUUUUUUGUAUUUCAUUUACUAUAUAUAUCAAUAAAGUUAGGGUUGGAACAGUCCUAGUCCUAUAUUAGUCUUGGGACCAGUAUUCCCGGUCUUUGGUGUCUUUGGUCCAAAAUUUGAGGAUCGGUCCGGACUGGGAC